CAAUGGAAUGCAUCUUGAAGUCAGAAUUACAACUUGUAAGGUUGUGCAGAAAUUCUCAACUCCGAUUUCGCCGAGAUGCAGGGGCAUGAUGUCACAAACAUGUCGACACUCAGGGAGAUAUACAAAAUUAAAGCGGACUUGCACAUUUACUAUGAAAAAUGAAAACUUUAAAUUCAGACGAAUUACAGAUAGCGGAGACCACUUUAUAUGCGCACUUGCCCAAAUCUUUAAAGGUGUAUGGAUUUCUUUUCGCCAUAAAUAGAGGGAAACCACACACUUUGGAGGUAGUGGUGGACUCGUGGCCAUUAUUCACAACUAUCAUUGUUCGACCAGAUCCAAAUAAUUGUCGAGCGAAGGACUUUAUGAAGAAGGUGACUCUGUACACUACAGAUGUUGAAGUUAUGAAAAGAAUGCUGACUGUGGAAAAUGCAAUUGACUGGAGAACAUAUUUCUUAAUAGGAGGAUGUGAUGUGAGUCACUCUCCUAUGCUGAAGGAAAUUGCUGCUUCUCGGGGUGUCACUAUGAAAGGCUUUAGCUUAGUGCACCUUAUGACAUUAUCUGAGCCAAACCAGUUACCUGAGCUCAUGAACAGUGAGCUUGAGUCAAGAGUGUCCGUUCUUAAUGAGUCACAUGCCGAUGUAGUUAACAAGACUUGGAAAUUUGGUGGGGAUGAGAAAGGUUACAACAACAUCCUAAAUCUAAUCAGCCAUUUUCCCACAUGCUGCUUUACGGAUGAGAACAACCAGCCUGUGUCCUGGGUGCUGCUGUAUGAUUACUGCGCCAUAGGAAUGUUGUACACACAACCCGGGCAUCGUGGGAAGGGCUAUGCAAAAGUCCUGGUCACCACAAUGGCAAAGAGGCUCCAUUCUCAGGGCUAUCCUGUUUACUGUUUUAUUGAGGAAUGCAAUCAGCUUUCCUACAAACUUUUUACAAGCCUUGGUUUUACAGAGGACCCUUCUUAUAGGGCUGCCUGGUCUAUGGAAAUAUUUUUUACCUCAACAGAAAUGGACAGAAAGCUGAUCCUAUUGAUGUGUUUGUUGACCAGUGGCCAGAGUUCAGAGUUGUACUCAUUAAACCAGAAUUUCGUGAGGAGGGAGAUCUUUUCAAAGACUUGGGUGUAUUUUCUAAAAGUGAUGGCUGUCUCGAAGAAAUGCUAGCUCAGUCAGACAUCAUUGAUUGGAAGAGGUUUAUUUGCUUGGGUACAUACACUCCUUUGUACUUGUUUUUUCC